AUGGGAAAGAAGAGACGCGGUCCCUCCUUGGAAGAGCUCCUGGCUCGACCAUGGUGUUACUACUGUGAGCGUGACUUUGACGACCUGAAGAUUCUGACGUUGCAUCAAAAAGCCAAGCACUUCAAGUGUGAUCGAUGUAAUCGUCGACUGAAUACUGCUGGAGGAUUGUCGGUGCACAUGAGCCAAGUUCACAAGGAACAACUCACCGAGAUUGAAAACGCGCUGCCCAACCGCGCAGGUCUUGAUUGCGAAAUCUUUGGCAUGGAGGGAAUCCCGGAGGAUGUUCUGCAGGCCCACCACCAGCGUGUGGCUACUCAGUUCCAGCAGGCCGAAGUUGAGCGACAAGUGGCCACAGGUAACCCUCCUGCAGGGGCUAAUUCGGGCGCCCCGGCAGCCAAAAAGCCUAAGUUGGAAGAUGUGUCAGAACUCAAGAAGCGAUUGGCAGAGCAUCGGGCGAAGCGCGCAGAAGGAGCCGCUGGUGGUAGCAGUGGCGAAGCUACCCCGGUGGGUGCUGGACAGACCCCGACUUCUUCAACACCGGGUGGCUAUGGACAUUCUCCUAUUACGCCUGUCUCUGCGCCUGUGCCUGUCGCAGCGCCUGUGCCUACACCAACCGCCGCACAGCCGUACUCAUAUGCGGAACCCUACACCUCGCUUCAUGGAGGGUCACCUCUUGCUCCCCCCUAUCACCAGAUUGCCAGUCCAGGAUUUCAACCCUUCCCCCCAGCCGUACAACCAGGCCCUGGCCCGAUGAGUUAUAGCCAACCUGGAUACUCACCUCAACCAUUCACGGGCCCGCCUGGCUAUGGGCCUCCUGCUUACCCUUCACAACAACCUACCCCGUCCGAUUCACUCCCUCCUCGUCCAGGCAGCUUGCCACUGCCCUCCGGUCCCUCCGGUCUCCCACAACGCCCAGCAUUCGCUGCCCCGCCAGUCAACGCACAGCAAAUGCAACAAAUGCACAUGGGCCACUCGAUACCCCAGCCAGUGCCUGGCUAUUCCAAUGGCGAUGCUUUCCAGACCACCCCGCCAAUCUCAUCCGUUAAUACCCCCUCGGGUGUGGCGAACGACCCUACAGAUAAGCCGGCUGACGGAACGGAGAAACCCAGUAAGAAGGACAAGUCGAAGCCUACACGCAUGAUAUACUCGGACCAAACAACCAGCCCCGAAGAAAAGAUGGCCCAGAUCCCUCGUUACGCAUUCUCGCGCGAUCGGUUCCCGGCGGAAACGGCACUGGGCGAACUCCCCGCUGCGACGGUUACAGGAACGAUCCGCGAUCAGGAUACAGUGGUCGAUCCGGCUCAUUAA